AUGUUCCACCUUGGCUCUGUCAGGUUCUCGCUUGCAUGGGGGAAACUUGAUCGAGCUUUACAGUUUAUUGCUCUUUCUCGUAUUCCUCUGAAGCUGAGCAGAGGUUGUCUGGGAUGCUUCCCAAACCCUCCUUUAAUUAAAGGCCAAGCAAUGAACAAAGACAUAUCAGAAGAUUUUUGGAGCAGCAGUGCUUUUGAAAUAGAUCAAAGUGCAUUUCAAUCCCAGAAAAGCUUCUCAUCAGUUGUCAUACCUUCUGAUCCUCAAAGUAGUUCUGGCAGUCUUCUUACCUGGAACCAGAUGAGGCGACAUUGGGUUGGAAAUAGAAGGCCUGAGAAUAAGAAAGAAGUUGGAGAACCUGUAAUUAGGUGCAAGAGCAUUUUCAAUACAAGGAAAUUGAUGGAGAGUUGGAAUUGGUCAAUGACCGUAGGAUUCAUUUCAAUGAUCAAAGUGACUUCUCAAAAUGUUUGUUUAGUUCAAAUGCUGGAGUUUUUGCUUUACAGUUGGAACGCCACCUAUGAGAGUCUAAUGGGAACCGACAAGCCAUUUCCUCGGCCCAUUCCUCUUGGAGAAAUGGUUGACUUUCUUGGUGAUAUUUGGGAGCUGGAAGGAUUAUAUGACUAA